GUCAAAACUCAAAAGAAAUGUUUAUGUUUUUGCAACGAGAGUGAAAUAUUUGAACCAAUAACAUAUUAUUUAAAUAUAAAUAUAGGAUACGAACUGCCUUUGACAUAAAUCAAUAAAAUGUACCUUAUCAGAAGAUACGCUUUGUUUUCAGCCAUACUGCUUAUAUGCCUACCUUUCGCGUCGCAGUUCGAUAUUGACGAGGAAGCGGAUGCUUUAAAAGACGACAACGAUUUCUCCACCGUCGACGAAUCAGAAUCUCUUCUCUCCAAUGUAGUUUCAGAUGUGAACAAAACUUUGACCAAUCUAUACAACCAAGUCACCUUUGCUAAUGUUACUGUGGAUACCAAUAAAACAAAUGCAAACGAAACACGAAAAUUGGUUAAAUGUAAGGAGAUAGUGUAUGAGCCGGAUGUCGAUCCAUCUGUGGAAAUAAUAAACGGCACAGCACUUGCUAAACUGCUUCAAAUAAAACCGGAUAUUCAAAGUCGAGAUGUCGAGGCAGACUGUGUCUUAGUACUGUUUUAUGCCAGAGCUUGUCCCUUCAGUGCUCAUGCGGCCCCACAUUUUAACGCACUAGCCAGAUCUUACCCUAAUAUUAAGAUGGUCGGCCUUGAUGCAUUAAAAUAUCAUGGAAUAAAUGCACAGUAUGGAAUUGUUGGAGUGCCUACAUUAAAAAUGUUCCACAAUGGUCGGCCUGUAGGUAAAUUCAACGGCACAGAGUAUAACAUACACUUGUUUAGUAAAUUUGUGCAUGUUAUCACUGGACAAAAUCCUCAAGCUCUGUUAGUUACAUCAAAAGACUUCCAAGGACCGGUUUCAAGUGUUGUAGAAAAGGAAACUGAUUAUUUUCUCAUCCUGUCAUGGUUAUUUAUCAUUACCUGCUCUAUUUAUUACUUCAUGGAAUCAAAAUGGUGUAAAAUGAUUGUUGAAAUAGUACAACUUAAUUGGAGAGAAUCUGAAGCACAACAUGAGCAUAUUGAUUAAGUUUGUUUCUUUUAUUUUAUGGUGUGUAAAUAUAUUUAUUUAUUAAUGUAAAA